AGAGCAGGAGCAGAGCGCGGCUGCAGGGUGAGCAGCAAGCAGCGGGGAGACACAACCCUCCGCCCCAGUCAGCCUCCGCGUGUGUUCCCUCUGUCGGGAGAGCGCCAAUGCCUGGACCGACCCAAACCUUGUCCCCAAAUGGCGAGAACAACAACGACAUCAUCCAGGAUAACGGGACUAUCAUUCCUUUCCGGAAGCACACAGUGCGCGGGGAGCGGUCCUACAGUUGGGGAAUGGCGGUCAAUGUGUAUUCUACCUCGAUAACCCAAGAGACUAUGAGCAGGCAUGACAUCAUUGCAUGGGUUAAUGACAUCGUGUCUCUAAACUACACAAAAGUGGAACAGCUCUGUUCAGGAGCGGCCUAUUGCCAGUUCAUGGACAUGCUCUUCCCAGGCUGUAUUAGUUUGAAGAAAGUAAAAUUCCAAGCAAAGUUGGAGCAUGAGUAUAUUCACAACUUUAAACUUCUCCAAGCGUCCUUUAAACGGAUGAAUGUUGAUAAGGUAAUCCCAGUGGAGAAGCUGGUGAAGGGGCGUUUCCAAGACAACCUGGAUUUUAUUCAGUGGUUUAAGAAAUUCUAUGAUGCUAACUAUGAUGGGAAGGAGUAUGAUCCUGUCGAAGCCCGACAAGGGCAAGAUGCAAUUCCUCCCCCUGACCCUGGUGAACAGAUCUUCAACCUGCCCAAGAAGUCUCACCAUGCAAACUCCCCCACAGCAGGUGCGGCUAAGUCAAGUCCCGCAGCUAAGCCGGGAUCCACACCUUCUCGCCCCUCGUCUGCCAAAAGGGCUUCAUCCAGUGGCUCAGCAUCCAGAUCUGACAAAGAUUUAGAAACACAAGUCAUACAGCUCAACGAGCAGGUACAUUCACUGAAGCUAGCCCUGGAGGGUGUGGAGAAGGAGAGGGAUUUCUACUUCGGGAAGUUGAGAGAGAUUGAGCUGCUGUGCCAAGAACAUGGGCAGGAAAACGACGACCUCGUGCAGCGACUAAUGGAAGUGCUUUACGCUUCCGACGAACAGGAGGGCCAAACAGAAGAGCCGGAAGCAGAGGAGCAAGCCCGUGAGCAGCAGCCCCAGCAGCAGGAAGAGUACUGAACCGUCUCAUCAGCUCUUGACACUUCCAUCGUGCGUGGGGACUUUCCUUCCGGAGAUUGGAACGUGUGUGGCCUGGAGCGAAGUAGAAGCCAGCUGUUCCCACCUGCUCCCAUCCACAGCGAUCUUGCAUCCGCCAGCCAUUGCUCUUGGUUCCCACUUCCUCUGCCAAGAUGCAUUAGCAGAUGGCCACUCUGGUCAGCUCCCUGCCAGGUCAUAGGGUCACAUACCUUCAACUUCACCU